AUGAUCGAUGAAGUUGAUUCAAUGUCUUGGGCCCAAAAACCGAACUACCAGAGCACUUUCUACCGCAGAAACAGCCAGGACUCUUUUCGAAUCAGAACCUCUCUUUCCCAAAUCUCUUCGCUCUGUCAACUACACGCCACCGGCUUACACCACAGCCUCAUCUUCUUCGUACGGAGGGACGGCCAUCUUACCCCGCCAGUUGUCAGUUCAUUCUCCGUACGCAGUAGCGCCCCCGUGGCUCAGACCAGACCGGGACAGGCAUUCCCUACUCAGCAAGCCCUGCUU